AUGAUGGCCAGAGGGGAGCCGGCCAAGCGCAGCAUACCCCCAGAGCAGUGGGAGCAGCGGCUGUCGCAGGUGGCCAUCAGCAAGGAUGACAUGAACCGCGUAGUCAUGGACUUCCUGGUAACUGAGGGCUAUGUCGACGCCGCGCGUGCGUUCCAGUCCGAAAGCGGCACGGCGCCGGGCGUUGAGCUCGGGGACAUCGCCGGCCGCAUGGAAAUACGCGCGGCGGUGCAGGGGGGCCGCGUCGAGGACGCCAUUGACGCUGUCAAUGAUCUUGACCCGGAGAUUCUAGAGGAGCAGCAGGGGCUGCUGUUCCAUCUGCAGCAGCAGCGGCUGAUCGAGAUGAUCCGGGACGGCCGCACGGGGGACGCGCUGGAGUUUGCGCGCGAGUACCUGGCGCCCACUGGGGAGGAGCACCCCGAGUUCCUGGAUGAGCUGGAGCGCACCGUCGCGCUCCUGGCGUUUGAUGAUCCCAAGGCAAGCCCGGUGGGGGACUUGAUGGAUGCGUCCCAGCGCCAGAAGACAGCGAGCGAGCUCAACGCUGCGAUCCUGAGCAGCCAGCGGCGUGAGGCCGAGCCGCGCGCGGCGCUGCUGCUGAAGAUGCUGCUGUGGGCGCAGCAGCGGCUGGAGGAGCGGGCGAACUUCCCAAAGAUUGUCGACUUGGUGGCGGCGACGCCGGGGGACAAGUGA